UAAAAUGACGCAUUUCCGGCAGUCGUUCUCUUUAAAUUUCUUCCGAUUUGGCGCUACGUGAUGUGAUUGGCCAAUUUCCGACCUUGGUGUGCCACUCACCCAUUUUCUGUUGUGCUAUUGGUUGCUUUCUCGAAAGGGGCGGGAUAUAGUCGGACAACCCGGAAAAACAGUGCACGGACUCAUAAGGGGAUACAGUUGCUCUGCAUUCUCCAUUUCUCCUGUUAGAAAUGGGUUUGGAGAAAACGGCCGCCGGUCCUGAUCCUCACAUUCCUGUGCUGCGCAUCAACCAACUGGAUGCCCUCGAGCUAGACGCGGCCCUCGAGCAGCUGCUGUGGACCCGCUUCUCUCACUGCUUCCAGAGCUGCCGCCCCGGCCUGCUGACCCCCGUUGAGCCGGAACUAAGAGCCUUUCUUUAUCUGCUGCUUUGGAGGUUCACGCUUUUCUCCAACAGCGCCACCGUGGGCCAGUCUUUACUGAGCCUGCGCUAUCACAGAGCGGGGUCCUCGUCGCCGCGCUACAGGCCGCUGUCCCCCGGGCAGAAGUUCAGUCUGGCUUUGCUCGCCGCGGGUCCUCGUUGGUUCCAGGACCGUUCCCAUUCUCUGCUCCCGCUCUUGGGUUUGGGUUCCAGAGGAUCCACGUUUGAAAGCGAUGAUGGGUUUGUCCGGCAGGGUCUCCGUAAAGCUCUGACGCUCAUUUCCGGUGUUGCGAAGUUCGCAAGUCUCAUCAACUUCUUUGUUUUCCUAAGAAACGGCCGCCACCCUAUUCUACCCGAAAGAAUCACCGGAGCUCAGGCUGUCUUCAGCAAACCCAAUGUGACUAGGGAUGUAACCUACCAGUACAUGAACCGAGAGCUGCUGUGGCACGGCUUUGCAGACUUCCUCAUUUUCCUUCUGCCGCUCCUGAACACAAGGAAACUGAAAACAGCCGUGUCUUCUUUUGUGUUCGGCGAAGAAACUUCUGACAGGAAAGAAACCGGAGAAAGACGAGAGCUGUGGAAGGAGUGUGGGCUGUGCGGAGAGUGGCCCACCAUGCCUCACACCGUGGGCUGCCAACACGUUUUCUGCUACUACUGCAUAAAGAGCCACAGUAUCGCUGACGCUUGCCUCACCUGUCCUAAAUGUGGUGCCGAGGCGAGGCAACCUGAGCCGCUCAACGUGGAGGUGCAGGCAGUUAGCAGGAAGUCGAGCACGUAAUAGUAAACAGGAUUGACAAUUCAAGAGACAAAUAAAAUAUCAAAUUAUAAAUAAAAGACUCAACUAAACCAGAAAGAUCUGAUCGUGAUGGUUAAACCAGGGUUCUCAAAUUCAAUUUACCAUGGGGCCACUGAAGGCAGAGUCUUGACUGAGGCCGGGCCGGAUGGGGUUCCAUUUGUGCUGAAAAUGUUUUUGCGUCCUCUGUCUAUCUCUUUGGACCAUUGUCUAUAUCUACUGCACAAGUGAAUUUAACAUUUUUUCAUGUCUAUGUACUACUAAGCAACAUCUUCUGCAUGUCCUGUGAAACGACAGGAGCUAACGAUGCUAGCAAGUGUUGCUAAGGACUUUUCUGACAACCAAAUCCAACGAAAAUACCAAAUACAAAGUUUUAUACAUAAAGCUGAAACGAAAAAAAUGCAAAACUAUCUUCAAAGAAGAUAUUGCUUAGUAGUACAUAGACAUAACAAAUGUUCAAUAAAUUUGUUCAGUAGACAUUGGAGACGCAAAAACAUGUUUUUGGCACAAAUGGGACCCCAUACAGCACUGCAUGUAGUGAGAAAAUUUUAUGUGAAUAGUUACUUUCAUAUUAAAGUGAGGGCCACAAAAUAUUGUCUUGGGGGUCCAAAUGGCCCACUAACCGCCAGUUUGAGACCCCUGGUUUAAACCAUCACGGUAUUUGUCUUUUUCCUGACAAGAUUUAGUCAUAUAUGACUUUAUGACGGGAUCUUUCUUGACUCUGUCGGUUCUGAGCACACACCGCCCUGCUGUGUUUAAUAUAUGUGUGUGUAUAUUGACAGUCUUCUGUGCCCUCUGUUUCUCUGGCUGGACUUUGGCUGGAACUAUUUGUCUUUGGUGCAGCGGACAGACCGCAGAGAACCACACAGAGCAUAUAUUUGAUGAGUGAAUGUGUUGAUUUAUGCUCCAAAUUGGCUCUGUGAUGGUGCUCAUGUAUGUAUGUGUGUGUGUGUUUGUUGAAAUGGGAAUAUUUGUUCUGAUGAAAAAUGCAGAAAGUCAGCUGAAUAAAUAAUGGAAAGGAAUUUCUGAUGCCUCUCAUCAUGGCCAUAUUAGCAUUUGUUGUGUAUUUUGUGCCUAAAUUGUAUUUCAACAUCAUUAAAAUUGAUAGAGUUCUA